AUGAGCUCUGAUACUUAUGGUGGUGUCGUCGUGCGACCAGCGAGAGACCUCAAGGAAGCGACGGAUCUAUGGUGGCCGUUAAUGACAUCUCUAGGCUGGGUAAUCAUCUUCAUGUUUCUCUGCAGCAAGAAAAAGAAAGAGUCUGACUGUCAAUCACCUCCAGNNAACCGCUCACAUCAUGAUCUCGAAUCAUACAUAUCAGCAUCAAGAUCUCGAGGUUUGCUUGUUGCAGUUCCUGACGGAUCUGACAAACCUGUGGGGCACUGCAUGGCAACCAUGUAUGACAACUCGGCCGGGUGGGUAACUUUGUUUGUGGUGCAGCCUACCAGCCAAGGAAAAGGUUAUGGAAGAGCUCUGUUUGAUGCAGUGUUGCAAGAAUUCAAGGACAACGACACAUCCAUUAUCGGACUGGACGCAGUAGUCGAACAAAAGACAACGUACGAACGUCGAGGUUUUGUUGAAUCUCCGCUCGGCAAACUUCGCUGUAUGUCUUGGAAUAUCUCGACCAACAUUUGCCAUACCACAUCAUAUGACCUGGAUACGAGGUUGCGACUCGUCGACAUCAAGGACGUUCCACACCAUCUUCUGGCAAAGAGCGAUCUCGAUCACACAGGAUUUGAACGCAAACAGCUCUGGAGUGAAAAGUUUUUCAGCAGAUCUGACUUGUUUGGGUUUGCCCUGGUCAAUGAAGAAGGUGCCAGCAAGAAGGAUGACAUCCGUGCUUGGACGGUUGUGCGUCAAGUUCCUCAAGGAUAUCGCUUAGGUCCGGUGUAUGCAGCAGAUCAAAAAACGGCAUGCAGGAUCAUCAUUGCUGCGAUGGAGCAAGCGAUGCGAAGGAUCGAAAAUGCCUCAACCACAUCGGCAAUAUCGCAAACCAGAAUAGCGGACUCGGCAAUCUAUACUCUAACGGCAGAAAUCUGGGAUGGCAAUCCUCAUGCCGUGAGACUCUUCGAGAUGCUGGGGUGGAGCCUGCUUGGUGUGGACUACCAUCGUAUGUGGUUGCACGGCAAAGCUACACCACAACAGUCUGAAGGUGGAUUGGCAAAUUCUGGCAUGUACGCCAUAUUUGAGGCCGCCAUUGGUUGA